UGUGCGCCGGGAAUUCGCGCCAAGUGCCAUGAUGUUCAGUAGUUACACUGCUCCUCACUCGCAUCUCUCUCUAUCUCUUGUCUACUUCUGAUUCUGACUCGGUCUGAGAAAUCGCUGUGUUUUGUAUUGUGUGCAUGUGAACUCUGAGAGUAAAUGGAGAGGAUGUGGGAGAUGGCGGGGAACCUGGGGGAGGCGCGCCAGCUGGUGGUGCCCAUAACGGUGUUUGUGGCGGGGGUUUGCCUCUGUUUGGUGAUAGGACACAUGCUCGAAGAGAAUCGAUGGGUUAAUGAAUCCAUCACCGCGCUUUUCAUCGGAUGUGUGACUGGGACGAUAAUUCUGUUGAUAAGCAAGGGGAAAAGUUCACACAUAUUGAGGUUCGAUGAAGAGAUCUUCUUCAUUUAUCUCCUGCCACCAAUCAUUUUUAAUGCAGGAUUCCAGGUCAAGAAGAAGCAGUUCUUCCAUAACUUCUUAACAAUAAUGCUGUUUGGAGUAAUAGGAGUUUUUAUUUCAUCAGUUAUUAUUACAGCUGGCAGCUGGUUGCUGUUUCCGAGGUUGAAUUUUAUUGGUCUGACUCCCCGUGAUUAUCUGGGUAUCGGAACAAUUUUCUCUUCUACAGAUACUGUAUGCACCCUGCAGGUUCUGCAUCAAGAGGAGACCCCCUUGCUAUACAGCCUAGUUUUUGGGGAAGGCGUAGUGAAUGAUGCCACAUCAGUUGUUCUAUUUAAUGCAAUUCAAAAGCUUGAUGUCAACAGAAUAGAUGUGUGGACUGCAGUCCGAGUUAUUUUGGAUUUCCUAUACUUGUUCUCCACAAGCACUGCUCUGGGUGUUGCUGCUGGGCUUUUGACUUCCUAUGUUCUCAAGGGAUUGUACUUUGGGAGGCAUUCAUCUGUUCGUGAACUUGCUGUUAUGGUUCUUAUGGCAUAUCUUUCCUACAUGUUGGCUGAGCUGUUCAAGCUAAGUGGGAUUCUGACGGUCUUCUUUUGUGGGAUUUUCAUGUCACAUUAUGCUUGGCAUAAUGUAACUGACAGUUCAAGAGUAACCACCCGGCAUGUGUUUGCAAUGAUGUCCUUUAUUGCUGAAACAUUUAUAUUUUUAUAUGUGGGAAUGGAUGCCCUUGAUACUCAGAAAUGGAGAAUGAGCAAGUUGAGUGCUUGGGACUCGGUUGGUGUGUAUAGUACUGUUAUGUUCCUUAUAAUGCUUGGACGUGCUGCUUUUGUGUUUCCUCUCUCGGCUUUGUCAAAUUGUAUGAACCGAUCAUCAUCAAGAUCAUCGUCAAUAACAUUGAAGCACCAGGUUAUAAUUUGGUGGGCUGGGCUGAUGAGAGGAGCAGUCUCCAUUGCUCUGGCAUUCAAACAGUUUACGCAUUAUGGUGUGCCACUGGAUCCGGUGAAUGCUACAAUGGUUACAACAACAGUAAUCGUUGUGCUUUUUAGCACAAUAGUCUUUGGUUUCUUGACAAAGCCGCUGGUAAACUAUCUACUCCCUCCUGGUCAUGCUAACAACAUAGACCACGCCCGGAGUAUUACCAAGGAGGAUAUGAUGCUUCCUCUCCUCUCCUUUGAGGAAUCAGCAGCAACUAAUCUUCUGCGAGCAAAAGAUGGUUUGUCAAUGCUAAUUGAAAGGCCUGUGUACACUAUCCACUCCUUCUGGCGGAGAUUUGAUGAUGCCUAUAUGAGACCAAUAUUUGGUGGUCCACAAAGGGAUCAGACAUCAUCAUAGGCGAUAUACAAGCAUGGAAGAAUCUAAUAGAAAGGGAGCAUCAGAAAUCUGUGGGCUCCUCCAGUGAAAUGGUGACACUAUUAGAAGGCAUCUAAUAUCCAAAAUACUUGAGGAGGGCAGUGGAAGCUUAAAUUACCAACGUGAUCAACUGGUUUGCAAUUUUCAUUCGGUGGCUGUGGCUGUGGCUGGUUGGUACUUUAAUGGAUUAUAUGGAAUAGAGGAUCUUGGUCCGUCUUUGGCCAACAAUGGGCUUUUCAUGCUAAAUAUUUGUACUAGUACAAGGCGCUCUGUACUAAGGAUCGAUGAAGUAAUUUGAGAUGCUAAGUUGAAUCUUUUCUGUA